CCCCAAAGUUACCCUCGUCUCCCUCCCGAACUCAGCUGCAGUUCCUCAAACAUAAACCGCCUCCUUUCCUAACACAGAACCAGCUAAAGAGGAGCGAGGAAGAUAGAUUAAAAAACCUGACGGAUUCCCCAACUGGUUUUGAACUGAGUUCAAUUAGGGGUUUUUCUUCAAUUCGCACCAAAUUGAGCUUGGAAAAGUCAUUUCAAAUUUUCACUAUUACGGUUUAGGGAACCCUUGAAAUUAGGGUUUUUCUAGGGUUUUAGCUCCAAUGGCGACUGAAGAACAGUCCCAUAAAGCUCAUAGGUUUCGGCAGGCUGGCCCCAAGAAAAGGGGGAAGGAUAACAAGAAGGGAAAGGAUGAUUUUGAUGACACAACAAAGAAUCCGCCUCGUAACCCUAAGGCAUUUAGUUUCCGUUCGAAUUCGAAAGCUAAGCGUUUACAGUCGCGUGCUGUGGAGAAAGAGCAGCGCAAACUUCAUAUUCCGACUAUGGAUCGCAAUAUUGGCGAUCCCCCGCCUUUUGUUGUUGUAGUUCAUGGCCCUCCUCAGGCAGGGAAGUCCUUGUUGAUUAAGUGUCUUGUGAAACAUUACACCAGGCACAAUUUGCCUGAUGUUCGGGGUCCAAUUACCAUUGUAUCAGGUAAACAAAGGCGUCUUCAGUUUGUGGAGUGCCCAAAUGAAAUAAAUGCCAUGAUUGAUUGUGCGAAAUUUGCAGACUUGGCUCUGCUUCUAAUUGAUGGGAGUUAUGGCUUUGAAAUGGAAACGUUUGAGUUCCUGAAUGUCAUGCAAGUUCAUGGAUUUCCGAAAGUUAUGGGAGUCCUUACACACCUUGACCAGUUUAAGGAUGUAAAGAAAUUAAGAAAGACAAAGCAGCGUCUCAAACAUCGUUUUUGGACUGAAAUAUAUGAUGGAGCCAAAUUGUUUUACUUGUCUGGUCUCAUUCAUGGGAAGUAUAAUAAGCGUGAAAUCCACAAUCUUGCACGAUUCAUCUCUGUUAUGAAAUUUCAUCCAUUGUCUUGGCGGACUGCUCAUCCAUAUGUGCUAGCAGAUCGUUUUGAAGAUGUAACUCCCCCAGAGAGAGUACAGAUGGACAAGAAAUGUGAUCGGAAUGUCACAGUUUAUGGUUAUUUGCGGGGUUGUAAUCUGAAGAAGGGAACUAAAGUUCACAUUGCUGGCGUUGGUGAUUAUAACCUGGCCAGCGUUACAAGCUUGGCUGAUCCAUGUCCAUUACCAUCAGCUGCUAAAAAGAAAGGAUUGCGUGACAAGGAAAAAAUAUUUUAUGCUCCUUUGUCUGGUGUUGGUGACCUCCUUUAUGACAAAGAUGCUGUCUAUAUAAACAUAAACGACCACUUCGUGCAAUACUCUAAAGGAACUGAUGAAAAUGAGAGCACUGCACGUAAAGGUAAGCGGCCUGAUGUUGGUGAGGAGUUGGUUAAAAAGCUUCAGAAUGUGAAGUAUUCUAUUGAUGAGCAGUUACAAGAACGCUUCAUCAAUCUUUUUAGCCAGAAACGAGAUAAGCAUGAAGCUGACGUGCCUGUCGCUGGAGGUCAGUUUCAUGAACAUGGUGAAGCUGCUGGAUCUGACAAAGAAAGUGAUGAUGCUGAUCUGAAUAGUUCAGCAUCUUCAGAUGAUGAUACAGAUGUUGAAGAAAAUGAAACUCUGAUGAAUCAGGGAGAUGGCUCUAUCGAUGCUAAAAAGGAUUUGAGAAGCAACUUCAAGGAACACGUUGAGUUCUCUGAUGGUAGGAUCAGAAGGAAAGCAAUAUUUGGAAAUACUGACAAUGAUGCUGAUGAUAAGUAUUCAGAUGAAGAAGACGAUGAUAGUGACGGCAAGGAGGAUGAUCAAGUAGGAACAACUUCAGGUACAGAGCCUUCUGAAGAUGAUGGCCCCGAUUCAGAUAUCGAAGUGGAAGAAGAUAUGGGAAAUGCUUCUAGAUGGAAGGAUUCCUUGUUGGAACGAGCACUCUCCCGACAGAAUAAGAACCUCAUGCAACUUGUAUAUGGGAAAUCCACGUCGGAUCUUGCAUCUGAUAUUAGUGAACCACAGGGAAGCACUGAUGAUGAAAGUGAAGAUGAUGACUUCUUCAAACCAAAGGGAGAGGGAGCCAAGAAGUUGACAGAUGCUCUAGGUGCUGUUGAUGUCAAUGGGGAUGAAUGUUCAAAAUUCACCAGUAGUUUGAAUACAAAAAAUUGGAAUGAUCAUGAUGUUGUUCAAAGCAUUAGAGACCGUUUUGUUACCGGCGACUGGUCAAAAGCGGCCCAAAGAGCUACGGCCUCUGAGACUGGCGGCAGUGAUGACGAUGAUGCUGUCUAUGGUGAUUUUGAAGAUGUAGAAAUGGGUGAAGAGGAUGGUCCUCGUUCAAACGACAUUGAGACGCAGAAAGAAGAUGAUGCAAUAACUGAAGAACGCAAGCUAAAAAAGCUUGCUCUUCGUGCAAAGUUUGAUUCCCAUUAUAAUGAAUCUGAGUUACCUGAUGGGGAAACUGGUGAAGAAGCUGGGGCAAAAUCUGAUCGCAGCAAGAACAAUGAGAGUGGAUUUUUUGACAAGCUGAAAGAUGAAAUUGAACUUCAAAAACAAAGAAAUUUAGCUGAGCUCAAUGAUCUAGAUGAAGCCACUAGGAUAGAAAUAGAGGGCUUUAGAACAGGGACGUAUGUGAGAUUGGAAAUUCAAGCCGUUCCUUUUGAGAUGGUUGAAUAUUUUGACCCAUCCCACCCUAUCCUGGUUGGAGGAAUUAGCCUUGCGGAAGAGAAUGUUGGAUACAUGCAGGUCAGGUUAAAGCGUCACAGAUGGCAUAAAAAAGUUCUUAAGACCAGGGAUCCAAUAAUUGUAUCUAUGGGAUGGAGGCGCUACCAGACAAUACCUGUCUAUGCAAUUGAAGACCGUGAUGGUCGGGUUCGUAUGCUCAAGUACACCCCUGAGCACAUGCAUUGCCUUGCAAUGUUUUAUGGCCCUCUUGCUCCCCCGAACACUGGAGUUGUUGCUGUACAGAACCUUACAAACAAUCAGUCAUCAUUUAGAAUCACAGCAACUGCUGUUGUUCUAGAGUUCAAUCAUGCAGUUCAGAUAAAGAAGAAAAUCAAGUUUACAGGUGAACCUUGCAAGAUCUACAAGAAAACGGCGUAUAUUAAAAAUAUGUUCACUUCAGAUCUUGAAAUAGCCAAAUAUGAAGGGGUCCCAAUUCGAACUGUCAGUGGAAUUCGCGGGCAAGUAAAAAAGGCUGCAAAAGAAGUGAUUGGCAAUAAAUCAAGGAAAGAUGGAAUUCCGUCGAAGGGAGGAAUUGCAAGGUGCACAUUCGAAGACAAGAUCCUUAUGAGUGAUAUUGUGUUCUUCACGACAUGGGUUAAUGUGGACAUUCCAAAUUUUUUCAAUCCGUUGACAACAGCCUUGCAACCUCGUGAUCAGACCUGGAAAGGAAUGAAAACUGUCGGAGAAUUGAGGAGAGAGCUUGCUCUUCCAGUUCCUGUCAACAAGGACUCUCUGUACAAGCCAAUUGAGAGAAAGCCGAAGAAAUUUAAUCCUUUGGUCAUUCCCAAAUCUUUGCAACAAGCACUCCCGUUUGUUUCGAAGCCCAAAGAUAUUCCUAAAAGAAGACGUGGGCUUCUUCAAGAUAGGAGAGCUGUUGUUGUAGAACCUCAUGAACGGAAAACCCAAAAGCUAAUUCAACAUCUUCAGCUGAUUCGUCAUAAUAAGGAAAAGAAGAAAAAACAAAAGGAGGAAGAAAAGAGAAAGGUGUUUGAGACCCAGAAGGCAAAAGAAGAGCUGGUCUCAAGAAAACGGCAGAGAGAGGAACGGCGAGAAAGAUACCGCGAACAGGACAAACAGAAGAAGAGAACCCGCAGAACAUCAGAAGACUAGGUAUCUUGUAUGAUGAUGUCAAGCUCAUUUCCCAUAAUAUGGUUCUUGACUUUAUGUAGAUGUUAUAGUGUUUGGAAAUAACACUCCACAUUUUUUGACCUUCCGAGUAGUACUUUAAGAAAAUUAUAAGUUUAAAUUACUAAUUCAAAGUUUUGAGUUUGAUCAAA